AUUCAAAUUGAUAGUUCAUUAUUUAUACACGAUGUGUCGCUACUGGACAGUGGAAUAUAUGUGUGUAUUGCAAAUAAUUCACUUGGCCAAGAUCGUAUUGAAACCGAAUUGAUUGUUAAAGCACCAUUACAUGUUCAAAUAAUACCAUCGAUCAUCAAGGCAAUCGAUGGUGAUACCAUCGAAUUUAAUUGUACCAUAUCAACUGGAAGUCGUAAUAUAAAUAUUGAUGAUGGAAAUUCAUUAAUCGAUCGUAUACGUUGGUAUCAUAAUACACAAUUAUUAACAAUGAUGAUUCCGUCCACAUCAUCAUCGACAACGAUUCUGCAGGAGAAUUUGGAUUCUAGAUAUCGUUUUCUUGAUCAUGAUCAUAUACUACAAAUACGUAAUGUUGGUCGUGAAGAUAAAGGAAUGUUUCAAUGUAUCGUCAGUAAUGAAUUUGAAUCGAUUCAAGCUACUGGUGAAUUAUCGUUGGUUGAUGAUCCACCAUCGUUUGUAUCCGUAUUCAACAUUGCUGAACCAUUAAGGCCAGGCAAAUCACUUUCAUUGAAAUGUUCAGCAAUCGGUACACCAUUACCACAAAUUAUUUGGACAUUAGAUGGUCAAACUUUACAAGAACAUGGCCGAAUCAGAGUUGGUGAUUAUGUUAGUGCCGAUAAUGUUGUGAAUAGUUUUGUCAAUAUAACCUCAUUACGAAGUGAAGAUGGUGGCAUUUAUUCAUGUACAGCAUCAAAUGAUAUCCAUUCUAUAAGUCAUUCAAGCCGUAUCAAUGUUGGUGCUGCAUCAGUUCGUUCGAUGAAAAAUUUCACUGCCAUUGCUGGGCAUAAUCUUCAAUUACAUUGUCCAGCCGCUGGAUAUCCAAUAGAAUCGAUUGAAUGGUAUAAGUCUACGAAUCAUAUGAACGAUAUUCAUCAAUCAUCAAUCAAUCGUUUGCCACAAAAUCAUCGACAAAAAACAUUUCCAAAUGGAACAUUGAUUAUUGAACGUAUUGAACGUGGAUCAGAUGACGGUGAAUAUCGUUGCCAAGUAACAAGUGAAUCAAAUGUGGCUAGUGCUGACACUUUUAUACGGGUACUAGUUGCACCAUUGAUAAAUCCAUUUCAUUCACCGCCAAAUCUCCGUGAAGGAAUGCGUGUAAUGCUUACCUGUUCAGUGGUUGAAGGUGAUCCACCAUUAAUGAUUCAAUUCCUUAAAGAUGGUAUACCUAUUUCAAUGAAACAACAACAAACAACAAGUGCCUUAGUAGAAAAUCAUCAUAUGAAAUUUGAUAGAACCAAUGAUUAUUCUGCUACAUUGUUCAUCGAAUCGGUUACGAAUGAAGAUUCAGGAAAUUAUAGCUGUAUUGUAUCAAAUAAUGCAGCAAUCGCUACAUAUUCCAUUUUUAUGAAAGUGAAUGUUCCACCUAAAUGGAUUAUCAUGCCAAAAGAUAUUGAAGCCAUCGAAGGACAAAAUAUAGCCAUUGAUUGUUCGGCCACUGGUGAUUCCAGAGUAUGGUGGGAACGUGCCUAUGAAAAAUCAUUAUCACCACCAAUGCAUUCGAAAUCGACAUUGUUGUUGAUGAAAAAUAGUGGCAAUCAUAAUAUUUCGAAACAACAACAAUCACCAACGAUGAAUCAUUUUCGUACGGUCGUCAGUAAUUCACACAUACAUACAGCAGAAAAUGGAAGUUUAAUAUUUCGUGAUAUUCAAUAUGAUGAUUCAGGCACUUAUCUUUGUCAGGCAAAUAAUGGUGUUGGUUCUGGUUUGAGUAAAGUAAUUAAAUUAAAAGUACAUGUUCCUGCAUAUUUUAAAAAUAAAUUUUCAUCACAAACUGUACGACAUGGUGAAUCUGUUGAAUGGAGUUGUGAAGUCAAUGGCGAACAAACGAUUGAUUUGCAAAUUUCUAAAGAUCGAAUGAUUUUAGAUUUUGUUCCUAUCAAUAAUAAUGAGGAUAAUUCGUUAAAAUCAAAUUCUGACACAAAAAUUCUUCAUUCUGAUAAUCGAUAUAAUCUGAUACGAAAAUUACAAAACGAUCAUCUUGUGUCAUAUAUCAUAAGAAUUGAUCAAGUUGAUCGUCGUGAUUCAUCGUUAUUCACCUGUGUUGCAUCAAAUCCAUAUGGAAAAGAUGAAUAUAAUUUUCAGCUGAUAGUUCAAGAGCCACCAGAACCACCGGAAAAUCUUCAUGCAUUGGAAAUUGAAAGCAGAAAUGCAGUCAUUGCAUGGUCACAACCGUAUUCUGGUAAUAGUCCAAUCGUAGCAUAUCAUGUUGAAUAUCGACUAUGGAUGGAUUCAUCGACAUCUUGGUCCAAUGUUCACCACACGUCUAAUCAAUCUACAAUUGUUGAACAUAAUACUGCUGCAAUGAUGAGUAAAUCAUUAUUGCCAGGGACAAUUUAUCGUAAAACAUUACCAGGAACCGAAACAUCAAUAAAUCUAAGAUCAUUACAGCCAAUGUCAACAUAUGAGAUACGAGUUCAAGCUGAAAAUCAAAUAGGUUUUGGUUCAUUUCAGCUAACACCAUUGAAAAUAAUGACAAAAGAAGAAGCACCUUCGGGACCACCAUUGAAUAUUCGUGUGUUUCCAAUCAGUGCUCAUACAUUACAGAUUUCAUUUCAACCACCAAGAUUGGAAAAUCAAAAUGGUCAAAUACUUGGUUAUUAUGUUGGUUAUAAAGCUGUGGAUUUGGAUGAACAUUUUAUGUUUAAAAAAAUUCUUGAAGAUAAUAAUAAUCGAUCUAUUCAAAUGAAAGAGAUUAACAUUACUGAUUUACGUCGUGCUACGAAAUAUGUGAUCAUUGUACAGGCAUUCAAUAGAAUCGGUCCUGGACCACAAUCCGAAGAAAUUGUCGGUGAAACCUUGAUCAAUGAUCCACCAAAAGCUCCUGUAUUAACUUCGAUCAAUGUCGGUUAUAACAAUGUUGAAUUAAAUUGGUCUAUUGAAACGAUGGACGAUUCAUUCGAUGGCGGCUUGCAUGUAUCAUCAAAAUUAGAUGUACCCGAAAUAACCGGAUAUUAUCUUUAUUCAAAAUCACCUCAAGGUGAAUGGGAAGAACGUCAUAUAAAUUCAGAGGAAAAUUCAUUCAAAUAUAAUAAUCUACUUUGUGGAAAUCAAUAUCAGUUUUAUGUUAUCGCUUACAAUAACAUUGGAAAGGGCAAUCCAAGCCAGGCAAUUUCUGUGCGUACCAAAGGUUCCGUGCCUAUUGCCCCGAAAGAUACGGAAACAUUGAUCACGGUAAAUUCAACUGUAGCAUGGAUUCGUCUUGAUCAAUGGCUUGUGAAUGGAUGUGAAAUUAAAUAUUUUCUAAUCAAAUAUCGUUCGAAAAUCGAUAAAGAAUGGUUGGCAAUAUCAUCGAAAAUAUCACCAAAUGAACAACGAUUAGUUGAAUUGAUUGAUCUACAUCCAGCUACUUGGUAUAUAUUAAAUAUGGCUGCCAUAACGGAUAUUGGUACUACAGAGCAAACAUAUUCAUUUGCAACAUUAACCAUUGACGGAGCAACAUUAUCACCAUUAGAUACACCAAUGCUAAUGCAAGCAUCAUCCGGUAUUGGAUAUCCAUCAUCUUCCAAAACAUCAACAACCAUGAUGACAAUAAAUCCAAUACAAUCGAUGACUAUAUUAAUUCCGGCUACUUGUUCUGUGAUAGUAUUGACUGUGAUAAUUUUAGUCGCAUGUUUUGUCAUACGAAUUAAACGUCAACAACAUUUCAAUCAUACGUUAGGAGAUGGCGCUACUGGCGGACCUGAUGAUGAACCGAAUAAUUCAAAUGUUCAAAUAUUACAUUCGACAAAUAUAAAUCAUCAUCACCAAGGAAAAGAAUUUAAUAAUGAUCUACCACGUUAUGUACAUCCAAUUGGAACGAAAAAUUUGGACCACUGUGGAUUAUGUGAUGGAAAUGUUGGCGUCAAACAUUUAAUGAAAUCAGAAUACAACACACAUAACAACAAUCGGAAAGAGGAUAUCGAAAUGUUGGAUAAUGGUCAGAAUUCUUCCGAUCCAAACUAUGCUACAUUAAAAAAUCCAAUUCAUUUGAUGCGUACACAACGAACGGCUUGUAUUAAAUCAUCGAAACUUCGUUCAACACAUCAUACGAUGAUGAUGCCAAUGAAAUCGGCAAUCAAAAAUCAUAAUCCUAAUGGAUUUGGAUUGAAAAAUCAAACCAAAAACAGAAUUUCAAACAACAACAACAACGACAACAACCAUCAUCAGAAUGAUAAUAACCAGAAUAAUAACAAUAAUCUUAUUGCCAAUACUAAACCAAACAUAUCACCAAUGAUUUGGUUAUUAGUAAGCUGUUGGAAAUUGAAUCUUGUGAUUAAUUGAUUGAUUGAUUGAUUAAUCCCGGCAAACCAGACGAGAGUGGGGAAGAGAAAAAAUUUUAUUUUAUUUUUUUUCGAGAAAUUUCUUCGAAUGUUUGUUUUUAUGGUUCCUUUUAUUUUGUUGAUUUUAAUUUUUUUUUCUUUCGGCUUCUAAAAUCCAAUAAAUACUUUAAACGAA